AUGCUACCCCCAGCAUUGAACAUCCCGAAAUGGCUCGAGGCAAAUUCCCACCUCCUCCAACCCCCUGUAAAUAAUUACUGCGUCUACCACCCCUCUUCACCCGCUACAGCCGGCUACACAGUCAUGGUAGUCGGCGGUCCCAACGCGCGAACAGACUACCACAUCAAUUCCACACCAGAGUUUUUCUACCAAUACCGAGGAUCCAUGCUUCUGAAAACUGUUGACACCUCUGUGACACCGCCUGUCUUCCAGGAUAUUCCCAUCCACGAGGGUUCGCUUUUCCUUCUGCCUGCAAAUACCCCGCACUGUCCGGUGCGCUUCAAGGAUACCGUGGGAAUUGUUCUAGAGGUGCCUAGGAAUGACGGUAUAGUGGAUGCCAUGAGGUGGUAUUGUAAGAAUUGCACAAGCAUUGUGUGGGAGAAGCAGUUCGUGUGCACCGAUUUGGGAACGCAGGUUAAGGAGGUAGUCGAGGAGUUUAAAGCCGAUCAAGAGAAGAGGACUUGUAAAUUUUGUGGAACCAUUGCCGAGUCAGCGUUCAAAGAGGGAGAGGUCGUGCAGCCCCCGAGGUUCUCAGAGUAA